UGGGACCCCUUCCUGCGGAUCGAGCAGGUGCGGAUCCCCCGCGACACGCUGGUGGGGCGCAGCCGGCCCGGGCGCUACAGCCACAUCCUGGAUGACCUCUACAAGAGCAACGUGCUGCCCGCCACGGCGCGGCGCAGCCGGAUCGGGGUGCUAUACGCCCUGCAGCCCGAUGGCACUGCCGACAUGCACAUCAUCAUCAACGGAGAGGACAUGGGGCCCAGUGCCCGGCGCCUGCCCGCUGCCCGCCCGCUCUACGCCGUGGUCGACGUCUUCGCCUCCACCAAGAGCGUCCGGGUCAUCCCAGUGGAGUAUGGCUUCCCCUCCCUGCAGACCCUCUGCCGGCUGGUCAUCCAGAAGCACAUCAUCCACCGCCUGGCCAUCGAGGGCCUGGACCUGCCCCCACCACUGAAAAGCUUCUGCCAACAUGAGUGA